CUUUAAAAGCCUCCCCGGCGACGUAGCUCCACAGACUCCAGGACAACAACCGCUGAGAUGAGGACGAUAGCAACGUUGAUGCUGAUUUUGAUGGCGUCCAGCACGCUGGCAGACCCGCAUGCCUGCGAUGCUUUUUACAAGCCCCUCCCCACUAAAGACCUGGAUCAGGUGUUCGGCGAGUGGCGUCUGAUCUGGGGUGCCGGCGAGGUCUUGCCCAUUUCCGACGUCAAGACCUCGGCCGUCGCUCUGCAUCUUGACGGCGACAUUAUACGCUUACUGGAGAGGAACCUGUACAACGACAACUCCUGCAUCACGUACUCAUUGAAUGUCAGAAAACCCGCCUCAGGUGGCAGCGGAGAUGAGUCCCUGGUCCUGCAGGCCGUCGUCGACCGGGUGGUGCACAACGGUACGCUGGUGCCGCUGGAUGCCACGUUCACGCUCCACUUCUAUGAAAGAUCCCCGAACGCCAUGCUGAUGUAUGUGGAAGCGGGCAAUCUGGGACGCUUCCUGCUCAGCUACGCGAGACAGGGGCAUGCCGCAGAAGAUGCCGAAAAAGAGAAGCUGAACAAAAUGGUGGAGUGUUUGGCCUUCCGCGACUGGCGACUCUUCGUCGACGACGGGGUUACAGGUUUUUGCCACACGGAGGCGCCCGCGGCCUAGACAGUAACGACGGACUGAGACCGGGCAAAGCAGAGGAAAAUGACAAAAUAAAACGUGACAAGUCA